CUCCCGUUGUCCCGAGCCGGUGCGGCCGCCUCAGAGUCUGUUGUCAUGGAUGGAGACACAGAGUAUGAUAAAGUUGAAGAUGUGGUGGGCUGCCAUGUUGAAGAUGCUGUAACAUUUUGGGCACAGAAUGUCGGUAGAUGUAAUGACCUCUUGAAAUUAAGUUGUGCGCUGGCCGAAGCUUGUCCUCGGGCUAAUGCAGUUUUUGGCAAACCUGAUUUUAGUAAGAUUUAUGGUGGCUGUUUUUCUGAAGAUAGAUGUUGGUACAGAUGUAUGGUACAGCAAGUGAUCAACAAUGAAAAGUGUCGGGUAUUGUACAUUGACUACGGAAAUUCUGAGGUUUUAAAUAGAUCGGACAUAGUUGAAAUUCCACCAAACUUGCAAUGUCCGAAUGUUGCCAAGAAGUACAGACUCUGGGGACUGCAGAUACCAACUGAUCAGAAUGUAAACAUGUUUGACCAGGGGAAGAAGUUCUUGAGCAGCCUAGUUUUUGAAAAAGAAAUAAAAAUACAUCACAAAGCCAAGCACAAAGAUGGUACUAUUAUUGUCCAGGCAGAAUAUGAAAAAAUAGAUAUUGGAGAAGAGGUGACCAAGGCAGGGUUCGCUGAAAAAUGCAUGUCUUCAGGAAACAGUAAAGAUGCGGAAGAGAGAAAAGUAGAUGUCAUGCAAAACGAAAAUCAGAAGAUGAAAGUUACAGUUCCACUGUGGGUAAACAGGUCUGAUCACGUGCUGUACAGGAUCCCAGGAGGGCACUUUGACCAAGUAGCUGCCAGUGCAAGGAAUCAGAAUUUUACUGGAAACCAUAUGUUUGCCCCAAAGGAAAAGAUGCUAGCUUCUCCCUCAGUGCCGGACACCAGCUUGGCACAAAUAAGACCAGAUCAGAAGCUGUCUGAACAGAAAGAAGUUCUCAGAAGGGAGAAUAUAAAUCUCUUGCAGAGGCAGAAGGAACUAGAACUGAAGGUUCAACAGCUGAAAUAUGAACUUCAGAGACAGAAGGAAGCAUCUAGGAAAACUGCUGAAAGUUGUGAGGAAACCCUACGUACUUGCAUUGGAACGAAAAUGAGAAGUUUGGCUGUUAAGGUGAAGGCAUUGAAAGAAGUUAGGCACACAAAUAAGAACAGUUGUUUUGGGGAGCAGCUCUCACAAGCCAUAAACGUGGUUACAGAAGGAUGUCUCGCUGUUCCGUGUUCCUUGGGCAAAUUGCAGAAGAUUUGGACAGAGUAUGACCUGGCUCAAGAGAGGAUUCAGUUAUGCAGAAAUGUGGAUGAAAGAGAUGAAUUGAUUACCAAGAGAAAUGAGGUGCAACAGAACUUGUAUUUGGCAGCGGAAGAAUUAAUUUUGGAAGUGGAUCAACUGCCCCUCUCUGAGCGCUCAAGAACAUUACAGGAGCUGUCUACUUCUCUGGAGAUGGUGUAUGGUCAACGUUCUGAAGCAGAUGAUUCUGAGGAGGUAUUUCAACAGUUCUUUAAGUGGAAGAGUGUUAAAAUGAAGAAACUUAUUUGUGUCAGAAAUGAUACGGACACAGCUCUGCAAAUUCUUGCUGACUGGUUCAGUGGCAUCUUAAAGUGUUUUGACCUGAUGUCAGAAGCAUCUUCAGGUUUAGAGGAAAUGGUUGGCAAUGCGGAUGAAAUUCUCAAAAAGGUUGAGCUGGCUAUUUGUGAAGAACUGAAUACAGACUUAAAUGAGCAUGAUGAAGCAGAGAAGGGAAUAAUUGUGAGUGCUUACAAUGAAGUUAUACGUAACAUUUGUCAAGAGCAAAGUAUGAUUGCUGUCAUACAGAACAGAUACACGGCCAGCGUUGAAUUCAAAAAACAGGCUGAGCAAUGGCUAAAUAGAAGACCUGAUAUUAACAACUUAUUAUCAAUUAAGAAAACUGUGAAAAGCUUAAAGGCCCAGUUAAGGUGGAAGCUGGUUGAAAAGAACAACUUUGAGGAAUCUGAUGAUUACAGUGAGUUUGAAAUGACAAGAAUAAAAGAGGAAAUUGCUGAUCUGCGAAAUAGGGUUCUUCAGGAAAUAUCCAAGGAACAAGAAGAAUACGAGAAGCUUACGUGUUUGGUACAGAAAUGGUUCCCUGAGUUACCACUUCUUUAUCCAGAAGCAGGAAUUCUGAACUAUAUGAACUCUGGUGGACUUCUGACAAGCAGCUUGGAGCGAGACCUUUUGGAUGCCGAGCCCAUGAAGGAACUGAGCACAAAACGACCUUUAGUGUGUUCAGAAAUUCAGGGCCAGAAGGUUCUUUUAAAGGGCUACUCUGUAGAUGUAAGCUCAGAAGCCAAAGUGAUAGAAAGAGUUGCCAAGUAUCACAGAGCUUGGGAUCAGCAGAAGGAGAAAUCUGGAUUAUUACAACUGUUGUUCCUCCUUUUCUGCAAGUCUGAUCCUUUGGUAUAUUUAAUGGUCCCGUACUACCCAGGAGCAAGUCUGGGAGCUUUACAGGCGGAUACACCUUUAACUUUAGAAGAGGCAUUAAAAGUGAUGAAAGGAGUGGCCCAAGGUCUACAAACAUUGCAUGGAGCUAAUAUAGUACAUGGAUCUCUGCAUGGAAAUAAUGUUUUUGCUGUGAAUCGAAAACAAGGAAUCGUUGGAGACUUUGAUUUCACGAAAUCAGAGGAACAACGUGCUGCUGCAAACAGUAUGGUUGUCAGUACUCUGAGCUUAGUUUCUCCUGAACUGAAGAUGGGACAGCCAGCUUCUCCAGCCUCUGACAUGUAUGCUUAUGGCUGCCUUCUGUUCUGGCUUUGUGUUCAAAACCAGGAGUUUGGCAUAAAAGAAGAUGGAACACCUGAGGUGAAUGUGGUUGUCAUGGAUGAUAAAGUUAAAUCUCUUCUCCUGAAUUUGUUCUGCUGUAACAGACUGACAGCUGAGCAGGUGCUGAAGGAUGAUUGCUUCCUCAUAGUUGAUGCAAUUCCAGUUUCACCACAACCAGGUGAAAAGUAUGAGCCAUGUGAAGAACAUGAUUCUGAGAAGAUAGAUAGAAAAAAAAAAGUGAUUAACUGAGGAGAGUGGAGCAAACCCUACUCAACAGAUGAAGAACUUUUCCAUCAGGUGUUUGAUUGAGACUUCUGGUUUUAUUUGGUUUUGAAAUCAUUGUCCUGAUCUGAAAUCUCAACAUAUAAAAGGUUUGAUAGAUGCAGUCAUGUUUUGUGAUUACACAAUCUUCACUGCCUUUUCUUUCAAGUGCAUUCUAUUCUAAAUAAGUGUUCGGGGGUAUAAGUGUGGUGUUACUGAUUGUGUUCUUAGUUUGUCAGCCUUUUUCUUUGUCUGUUAUAUAGGCUUUAAAUUUACAGAGAAUAGUCUUGUUAGAUGCUAGAGAUCUUUAAGGUGAAGCUUUAGUGACUUGUUUCGUAUCCAGUUUUAUAUCCCUCUUCUUGCUGUGAUUCCAGAUAACAUGUUCCUUUUAAAGAUGCUCUAGGUUAUUAGCUUUUUGCUGGAGCUUUUUUGUUAUUGCAUAGCCAAGAUGUCCCUACAGUAACUGCCUUCAAAAUUUAAGGUUUAAAAAACAAACAAAAAAAACCCCAAGCCACCGAAACCAACCAAACAAAACCAAACAAAAAACCCCACCCUGCUUUGACAACUGGUAAAGGAAAUGGAGAGGAGCCUGGCUUUUUUCUGUGUUUCCCCAUUUAAAAAAUGUGGUUGGCUUUCUAGGGAGCAGGCAUCCUUCUUGCUCCUUUGCAGUGCUGCUGCCAACCAAAAUACUAUACACACACAUUUGCAAAAACUGCUGCUUCUUUGCUUUACAUAAGUGUGUGUAUAUAUCAUCUGUUCUUAAACGUUGUUCGCAGUAACUAUAAAGGUGUGAUUUUUCAUGAGUGGGUUUGUAUGACUGCAAUGCUUUGCUGUUAAUGUUACCACUGAAAGAGUUAUUUCUACAGGAAAUUGUUGCUUAUCUUUAUGAAGGUUUUCCUUUCUUCUCAGAAGGAAACAGAUCAAAAUGUGCAGAGUUGCUGUAACAGUAUAUUUAGCCUCUGGGUGUUGCUCUUGGACAGCGCUGUUGCCAGAGAGUAUUAUGUAGAAGAAUUAUUGAAGUUGCAUGUUGUCAGAUGAAGAAUGUAAAAAUGCAGAAUGUAAUGGGCAAGAAGCAGCACCAGGGGAGCUGGGGAGCUCUCAGGUACAAUAAUACAGUCCACAGUGGAUAGAAGAUGCCACCUUGGCAGAUCCACCUCGGAUAUUAGACUUGGUUUUCCAUCCUUAAACCAAUUUGUUGUUUUAUAUGGAAUAGUAUGUAAGAUGCUUCAUCCUUUUUUCAUUAAAUGAUAAUGAUUUUUUAAUUUCUCUAAUUUGUAUGUAACCAAUGAUAGCAAAAGCUUUGUUAAAAUAUUUUUUAUGUAGAAUUUUUGGUUAGUGUGAUAAAUAUUUUCAUUUCAGAAAUC